AAACCCCCGGAACCUGACAACUCUUUGAACACAAUGUCGGCGUUGUUGGACAAGGCGAAGAACUUCGUAGCCGAUAAGGUGGCCAACAUGAAGAAGCCCGAGGCCAGCAUCACGGACGUCGAUUUCGGCCGUAUCGGCCGUGACGGCAUCCAAUACGACGCUAAAGUCUCCGUCACCAACCCCUACAGCGCUCCUAUCCCCAUCUGUCAGAUCUCUUACACUCUCAAAAGUGAUAGCAGAGUGAUUGUAUCGGGGACAAUACUGGACCCGGGAUCACUGAAGGCAAAUGGCUCGACGACGUUGGACGUGGCGAUGAAGGUGCCGCAUAGCAUAUUGGUGAGCUUGGUGAGGGACAUCGGAGCAGAUUGGGAUAUAGACUAUGAAUUGGAGUUGGGACUCACCAUGGAUCUUCCUCUCUUUGGAGACUUCACCAUCCCUCUUCGUCAGAAAGGAGAGAUGAAGCUUCCUACUCUCAAAGACCUCUUAUUUUGAGUUAACGCUUGCUCAGCAAGUUAAGGAUGAACCUUGC